AUGUCGUCUACAAUACCUGCUGUCGCCGUCAAUGGUGUUACCAAUGAUGAUCCAUUUGUCCUUGAGAUUGAUCUUGAAAAUAAAUGUUAUAAUGUAUUCGAUCUUGAUAUAAAAUGUUCUACAGAUGCAUUAAAAACAUUUCAUCGAUGUUCAGAUUCUAUUCUUGAACGUGACCCUGAAUUAUACAAUAUUUGGAUUGAUGAUCAUCGAUUUUAUUCCCAUGCUAUUGUUGAAGUUAUUGAAAAUGAAUUGAAUUCAUUACAUCAUAAAUGUUUAUAUAGUAAUCUUAAACCAUUACAAGGUUUUCGAUGGCUUGAAGGUUUAUUACUUGUUUUUGGAAGUUAUUCAAAAUAUUUAGACGAAUUAAAUGACAAAGAUCGUCUUGAUGCAUUAUUAAAUUUAUUCUAUGCUGCUUGGAUUACAUUUUUUAUUCAUAAUCGCUAUGCUAUAUUAAAUCUUAGUUGUCCAUUACCACCACCUGACGCUAAUAAUAAUAAUAAUGAAUGUAUAGUCGUCGAUAACCAAGAUAAAAAAGUGUCCAAUGUCAGCGUACAUAAAACAGAAGAACAAAUAGCACGUCAUCUUGACAAACAUCUACCAAACUUUGAUCGAAUACUUAGUGAAUCUAUUGAAAUUGGUCAUCAAUUAUCAUCAAAACGAUUACCAAAUCUUGAAAAAUUUGAAGAAUUUUAUCAAUCAUGGAGAAAUCCUUUUGCUAAUAAACGUAAAUCAUUAUCUGCUGAUUUUAGUUUAAUAUUAGAACGUAUAACAAGUGAUAUGGAUUUAACAUCAAGUUCGGAUGAAACAAAUUUUUCAUCGAAAAAAUCAAUCAAUUGGAAAAUGGUUUUUUAUGAUGAAUUUAUUCGUUAUGCUGAUCGAUUUUAUUUAACAAAAAAAACAUCAUCAAGUAAACGACGUACAAUAGGUGGUGAACGAUUUUCUAUAAAUAAAUGGUCAUCAAAUAAAAUUAAUUAUUUUUUAACUAAAAAUAUACUUAAAAGAAAUCCGACUCAUGAAUAUGAAAAACAAAUAGAGCAAUUAUAUCAAUAA